CUUGCUAAAUGUGGACGGCAGGGUCAAUUUCGGGGUUUGCUUGCUUCCAUGGAGCAGUCUACCAUUUCGCUUGAGGCUCCCUUUUCAUCACUUUUCAAUCACUUUCGGUAUGCGCUUCUGCUGGAGGAGGAGUCCCGGCGUCGGCCAUCACAAGAUGAACAAGCACAUGACGCAAUACGAUUACGAACGACAACUGGCGUUUUCGUGUUGUCGGACCCUUCCAUUCUGCCUACGAUCACUUUUUUCUUUCAAUCGCGUUGCUCUCUGUUUUGAUAUCCCACGCUUUGUUUUCCUCGUUUUUCUUUUCGUUUAUACUUCCUUUCACGCCGUUCGAUUGGCUGCAUUUCAUUGCUUUGUAUUCUUCUCUGCCCGUUUCUACUCUUUCCAUUCAUGCAUGCAUGGCCUUGGGACGAAAGGACUAAAGUUGCUAUUGUUGGUUGGCGGGUUCUACUUUGACUUUGGAUAGCUAGCUUGAAUAGAAAAUGAGAUAACGAUUGGUGACCACGUGCGUUCUUCACCCCGGGGGUUGGUGCUCUUGGUGGUGCGGAGGUCUUUGAGUUGUGUCUUGAUUCAAAAGAUCAUGCACUAUAG